AUGCCUAACCGCAAGGCCAGCCGUAAUGCCUACUAUUUCUUCGUGCAGGAGAAGAUCCCUGAACUACGGCGGCGAGGCCUGCCCGUGGCUCGAGUAGCUGAUGCCAUCCCUUACUGCUCUGCUGACUGGGCACUCCUGAGGGAGGAAGAAAAGGAGAAGUACGCAGAAAUGGCUCGAGAGUGGAGGGCCGCCCAGGGAAAGGAUUCUGGGCCUUCAGAGAAGCAGAAACCUGUUUCCACACCACUGAGGAGGCCUGGCAUGCUUGUGUCAAAGCAGAGUUUUUCACCCCCAGACAUUUCAAGCUUGUCUCUAGACAGUGAUCAAGCUCUCCUUGGAGGCAUUUUUUAUUUCUUGAACAUUUUUAGCCAUGGUGAGCUACCUCCUCAUUGUGAACAGCGCUUCCUCCCUUGUGAAAUUGGCUGUGUUAAAUAUUCUCUCCAAGAAGGUAUUUUGGCAGAUUUCCACAGCUUUAUAAAUCCUGGUGAAAUUCCACGAGGAUUUAGGUUUCAUUGUCAGGCUGCAAGUGAUUCUAGUCACAAGAUUCCCAUUUCAAACUUUGAAUCUGGGCAUGACCAAGCAACUGUGUUACAAAACCUUUACAGAUUCAUUCAUCCAAACCCAGGGAGCUGGCCACCUGUCUACUGCAAGUCUGAUGAUAGACCCAGAGUCAACUGGUGUUUGAAGCAUAUGGCGAAGGCAUCAGAAAUCAGGCACGAUCUUGAACUUCUUACUGUAGAGGACCUUGUAGUGGGGAUCUACCAGGAAAAAUUCCUCAAGGAGCCCUCGAAGACCUGGGUUCGCAGCCUCCUAGAUGUGGCCAUGUGGGAUUAUUCUAGCAACACAAGGUGCAAGUGGCAUGAAGAAAAUGACAUACUCUUCUGUGCAUUAGCUGUUUGCAAGAAGAUCGCGUACUGCAUCAGUAAUUCUUUAGCCACCCUUUUUGGAAUCCAACUCACAGAAGCUCAUGUACCACUCCAAGAUUACAAGGCCAGUAAUAGUGUGACACCCAAAAUGGUUGUAUUGGAUGCAGGACGUUACCAGAAGCUAAGGGUUGAGAAUGCAGGAUUUCCUCAUUUCAGCUCUUCUAGUCAGGGACAAGGAUCAAACACAGCCACUGGUGACUACCCAUCUGGGGUGAAAAUUUCUGGCCAAAACAACAGUGUUCGGGGAAGAGGGAUUACCCGCUUACUAGAAAGCAUUUCCAGUUGCUCCAGCAAUAUCCACAAAUUCUCCACCUGUGAGACUUCACUAACACCUUACAUGUCCCAAAAAGAUGGAUACAAAUCUUUCUCUUCCUUAUCUUAAUGAUGGUACUUUUUUCAAUUUCUGGAAAAAUAACAGCCCAGCUUCCCUUCUGACAGCAGUCAU